AUGUCAGUGAUCGUGAGAAGUUGGUUCCUGGGUCGAAUUGACUAUAGCUGUGCGCAGAAACUUCAGGAGAGUUUAGUCGACCUUAACUGUCGACCAGAAAACAAGUUUCCGGCUCACACAAUUUUAAUGCUGGAGCAUAACCCAGUGUAUACUGUUGGGAUACGUUCCAAGUCCUAUACUCAAGACCAGCAAAAGGAGCUACAACGAUACGGUGCUCAAUUUAUUAGAACUAACCGUGGUGGGCUGAUUACGUACCAUGGACCUGGUCAGCUUGUGGCUUAUCCGAUUAUCAAUCUUCGAGGACCAGAAAUGGCUGGCAGAGGAUUGAAGUGGUUUGUUGAUGUUUUGGAGCAGUCAGGUUAUGAGGUGUGUCGAGAAUUUCGAAACGACACCUUUUCUAAGGGCAGUGUACUAUUCCCCGAAUAUACUGGUGCCACCGGCGUUUGGCUAGACAAGCACAAUAAGAUAAUGUCUAUUGGCAUACAUCGCACCCGCACCGUAACUUACCAUGGUAUUGGUCUGAAUUGCACAAUGGACCCACUCAAGUGGUUUGACAAGAUUGAUCCGUGUGGCCUUUCCGACUGUAAGAUGACAUCUCUCGAAUCUGCCACAGGAACGAGAAUCACUCCCGCUGAGGUGGCCCCAAAACUCUCGGAACGGCUAUUUAAGAAUCUUUUCAUUCAUCAGGGCAAUUUGGAGUGCACCUAUUUCAACCUCUUCGCGGAAAGCGGCUCGCUUCCCUGGGCUGAUGUCGUUCGACGCAUUCUCGUAGACGCUGAUAUCAGAACUAAAGCCGUCCAAAUAGCUGAACUUUCGCCGCCUCCAGCCAAUUAG